AUGUUGGACAUGGGAGAUAGGAAAGAGGUGAAAAUGAUCCCAAAGUCCUCCUUCAGCAUUAACAGCCUGGUGCCCGAGGCGGUGCAGAGCGACAACCACCACGCGGGCCACGGCCACCACAACAGCCACCACCCUCCGCCCCACCAUCACCACCACCACGGCCACCACCACCAUCACCACCCGCCGCCUCCGCCUCCUCCCCAGCCGCAGCAGCCUCCCCAGCAGCAGCAACAGCAGCAGCACCCCCCGCCACCCCAGCCCCCUCAGGCCCCCCAGGCGCGCAGCGCCCCAGCCGAUGACGAUGAGGAUAAGGGACCCCAGCAGCUCCUGCUUCCUCCACCCCCGCAGGGGGCCCCUUCGGCUGCAACCGCCUCGGCCGCCCUAGACGGGGCCAAAGCUGAUGGGCUUGGGGGCAAGGGUGAGCCCGGCGGCGGAGGUGGCGGUGGGGCCGGAGACCUGGCCCCGGUCGGGCCGGAGGAGAAGGAGAAAGGGUCUGGGGGGGAGGAGAAGAAGGGGGCGGGCGAGGGCGGCAAGGACGGGGAGGGGGGCAAGGAAGGGGAGAAGAAGAACGGCAAGUACGAGAAGCCGCCCUUUAGUUAUAACGCCUUGAUCAUGAUGGCCAUCCGCCAGAGCCCAGAGAAGCGCCUCACCCUCAACGGCAUCUACGAAUUCAUCAUGAAGAACUUUCCUUACUACCGGGAGAACAAGCAGGGCUGGCAAAACUCCAUCCGCCACAACCUGUCCCUGAACAAGUGCUUCGUCAAGGUACCCCGCCACUAUGACGACCCGGGCAAAGGGAACUAUUGGAUGCUGGACCCUUCGAGCGACGACGUGUUCAUCGGGGGCACGACUGGCAAAUUGCGCCGGAGAUCUACGACGUCCCGGGCUAAGUUGGCCUUCAAACGCGGGGCUAGGCUCACCUCCACCGGACUGACCUUCAUGGAUCGGGCGGGCUCUUUGUACUGGCCCAUGUCUCCCUUCCUGUCCCUGCACCACCCCCGGGCUAGCAGCACUUUGAGUUAUAAUGGAACCACAUCCGCUUACCCCAGCCACCCCAUGCCCUACAGCUCCGUGUUGACUCAGAACUCGCUGGGCAACAACCACUCCUUUUCCACUUCCAAUGGGUUAAGUGUCGAUAGACUCGUCAACGGGGAGAUCCCUUAUGCCACGCAUCACCUUACGGCCGCUGCCCUGGCCGCCUCUGUGCCCUGCGGGCUGUCUGUCCCCUGCUCCGGGACCUAUUCCCUAAACCCUUGCUCCGUCAAUCUGCUGGCGGGACAGACAAGUUACUUUUUCCCCCAUGUCCCUCACCCUUCAAUGACUUCUCAAAGCAGCACUUCUAUGACCGCCCGGGCCGCUUCCUCCUCCACGUCUCCGCAGGCGCCCUCCACCCUGCCCUGUGAGUCUUUAAGACCCUCUUUGCCAAGUUUUACAACGGGACUGUCUGGAGGACUUUCUGAUUAUUUCACACAUCAAAAUCAGGGGUCUUCUUCCAACCCUUUAAUACAUUAACAUCCCUGGGACCAGACUGUAAGUGAACAUUUUACACACAUUUGCAUUGUAAAUGAUAAUUAAAAAAUAAGUCCAGGUAUUUUUUAUUAAGUCCCCCAUUUUCUGUACGUUUGUUCAGUCUUUAGGGUUGUUUAUUAUUCUAACAAGGUGUGGAGUGUCAGCGAGGUGCAAUGUGGGGAGAAUACAUUGUAGACUACGAAGUUUGGAAGUCAAAAUUAUAGUAGAAUGUGUAUCUAAAUGGUGACUGCUUUGCAAUUUUUAUUCAGAAAGGACAAGUCUAUCACUAAUGACCACCAAGAUUUCCAUGUUUGCAGUAUUAUAAGUUAUCAUGGAUAUACAUGGUGGAUGGAGACCUUGGAAAAACACUAAAUUAUGGGAAAAGUGGGGGAAAAAAGGAGUUCCA